AUAUAGAUGGAUCUUAACCAGGACUGAGCAACAAUCUCCAGUGACAACAAACACAAAUACACACAGACAUACAACAUUCAGACCGGUCCACACGCAAAACUGGCAUCAGGUUUUUAUUAUGGGGGUCAGCAGGGGUGCGUCAGGGAAUAAAUGCUUUGCCUCAUUUAGCUCCUGUCGUUUGGCUAAAUUAGCAGCGAUGAUGUCAUCAGGCAGGGGCUGAGAUGAGUCUAUAGAAACCACCUUCAUGCUGCUGCGCUCUCACACUCAGAUCAGCAAACACACCAAGCAUCAUCUUCUCCAGCACACACUCAGGGUAUGAAUCACUUGCUGUGUUGUGAUGUUCAGACCGGGAGGAUGCAGACGGCACAACAUAGUCUCACCAAACAGAGACAGCAGCAGGCCAUGAUCCUGAGCAGAGAGGCAAAGGGAGGUCUGAACCUUGGGAAGAAGAUCAGCGUUCCUCGGGAUGUGAUGAUGGAGGAGCUGAAGCUGAACACCAACAGAGGAUCCAUCAUGUUCCAGGAGCGCCAGAGGAGAGUGGAGAGAUUCACGCUGGAGAACUCAGCAGACGCUUCCUCAAUCUUAUACAACUGACAUUUAAUGUAAGCAAAUCAUUCACAAUUAAAACAUGAUGUGCAGGGAGGGAAAGAAAACCUGCUGUAUCCAGUGGCCAGUAAACACAGCCUUGUCAGCACCCUCAUGAACACUGUGGCCAAGAAAGGAAGCCCAAACAUCCUGGCACCAGGCUACUCAGGACCACUUAGAGAGAUCCCUCGAGAGAAAUUCAACGCCACAGUGAUCCCGAAGUCUUAUUGUUCACCAUGGCGAGAAGCCCUGGGAGAAAAUGAAGAGCUUCUGUCUUCACUCAACACUCAGAUAGCGGAAGAGCACCAGAAACUCCCGCCGGCGAACUACAGGUGCUUUAACAGAGCUGCAGUGCCAUUUGGAGGACCUGUGCACAGUCAGAGGGUGAUUCCUGUUAUUGGCUUUGAAGCUGUGGAGACUCCAAAUCUUUCUGGCAUGACCUUGGCCACCAUGUCCAAACGACGCAACUUCAACAGAGCCCCGCGGGGAUGGGGCAUUGGAUACUCACCCGAGUCGAAUGACCUGUGAGCUCGGCGCUGAUCCACACCUGUAACAUUAGAGGAAAAGACUGUCGCCCUGUACAGACCUGCGCUUUGCACUUUCAGGCCACCCCAUUAUGUUCCCUGCAGGUGAAAGGCCAGAGGAGAGCAGCUAGAAAACUUAAGAAAAUUAAACAUCAGGAUAAAGAUGAUUAGGAUGAGGAGAUGGUUUAGCUCAAUGCUGGAUGAAGGACGUCUUGGUUGCUCUCCUAAACCAUUAAAGGAAUAGUUCAGCCAAAAAUGACAAGUUGCUGAAAGUUUCACCCAUCCAAAGAUGUAGAUGAGUUUGUUAAUUCAUGGGAACAGAUUUGGAGUAAUGUAGCAUUACAUCACUUGCUCACCAGUGGAUCCUCUGCAGUGAAUGGGUGCCGUCAGAAUAAGAGCCCAAACAGCUGAUUAAAAAAUUUCGGCAAAUUGACUUUUUGGAUGAACUAUUCCUUUAACACUGCUAUUCAAUAAGAACUCAGUCUAAAUCUUAUAAUUUCAUAAUAGCCUUUGGCAUUUUAUAAUUGUAGACAUGUAAUAUGCAAAUGAAUGGUGUUCAUGGUAGUGUUUCAAGUGUGCAGCAGGGGCCCCUUAAAUGUAUUUAGAUACUUUAAGCACAUGAAAAAUAUGUGUUUGAUAUUGCAUUAGAUUACUAAAUACCAAAACUCAAUUGUUUUCACACUGAACUCUUUUUUUGUCAAAUGUUUUUCUUGUAAAAUGUGUUCUUAAUAUAAAAAGCACUUGCUUUGAUAUGUUGUGUCUAAUGCAAAAGUGUCUAAAUACUUUUUGAGCCGCUGUGUUUCUUAAAAACAGAGCAGACUGUACAUUUAAUGAUGGCUAGUUUAAUGUUCACAAAAGAAAAUGGUAACAGUAGGCUUUUUCAAUAAAAAAACUACUUGUUGUU